UACCCUCUCCACUCGUAACCCCUCUCUUCAGAGAGAGAAAGUCGAGGCUACGCCUCUUCACCGUCACAAUCCAACCCAGCCUCCGAAACCCUAAUUUCCCAUAAAUUUAUCGGUUCGAUUUUCGAUCAAUGGCGACGAGGAGGGACGUGGAUCGGAUCAAGGGUCCGUGGAGCCCCGAGGAGGACGAGCUGUUACAAACCCUGGUGAGCAAGCACGGGGCCCGGAACUGGUCGCUGAUCAGCAGAUCGAUCCCGGGCCGGUCCGGGAAGUCGUGCCGGCUCCGGUGGUGCAACCAGCUGUCGCCGCAGGUGGAGCACCGGCCGUUCACGGCGGAGGAGGACGCGGCGAUCGUCGCGGCGCACGCCAGGUUCGGCAACAAGUGGGCCACCAUCGCCCGCCUCCUGUCGGGCCGGACCGACAACGCGAUCAAGAACCACUGGAACUCCACCCUCAAGCGCAAGUCGUCCUCCAUGUCCUCCGAGGACUUCUGCUUCGACGACCCGCCCCGCCCGCCGCUCAAGAGAUCCGUCAGCGCCGGCCCGGUCCUGAACGCCCCGGGUCUUUGUCUCAACCCGGGCAGCCCGUCCGGAUCUGAAAUCAGCGAUUCGGGUCCUUGUAAUAUUUUCAGGCCAGUGCCUAGAACCGUAGGGGUUUCCCCUCCGGUUAACUUGAACGAAACGGCGUCGUCUUGCGCCGACCCCGUUACAUCUCUUACCCUGUCCUUACCCGGGUCCGAUUCGGCUGAUCAGUUGACUAGCCCUACUCAGGUGGCGAUGCCGGCGUGCCAGGUGGCUGCUCCGCCUCUGCCGCCGUGUCCUGUGGAGAAGCAGUUUUUCAGUCAAGAGUUUUUGGCUGUGAUGCAGGAGAUGGUUAGGAAAGAAGUGAGGAGUUAUAUGUCGGGGGUUGUGCACAAUGGGAUGUGCCUGCAAUAUGGUGGGUAGGGUAACGGAAUUUGGAAUUAGUGACAUCGAUCAGUGGAUUAGGCUGUGAGCCCGGUUCGUAGAAAACCGAGUUGGGACCGGAUAUCUUCUUUGCUUUUGAAAUCCCAAAUCGUGCUAUAGAAAAAUAACUUUGGGUAGGUAGUGUACAGAAGAGAGAGAGAGAGAGAGAGAGAGAGAGAGAGAGGUGUGAAGUUAUGUGGAUGAAGUUUAAGUUCGUGUUGACAGAAAAUGCCUGGAAAAAGAAGUGAAAAAAUAAAGGAUUUUCUUAGCUA